AUGAUGCGCCCACGGCCCGCGUCUUCCCUGCAGAAGACAUACGAUGAAUGUUAUCUCGCCUGCUCAACCGCAGUCUAUUUCGAGGGUCAGAACAACGAAGACGAGGCAUUGAGGUCCUGGAGAUCCGCCCUUGAAACCAUUUACCAUCACAAUGCCCGUCGAGUACCUUCGAACUAUACCCCCAAGUCUGAAACGGAGAGGGCCCUGCAGGAUUCUAUCCGUGCGCUUGAGGUUCAAUGCCGCGAGCGAGUCGAUCUUCUCGAAGCGCUGCGCGAAAGCCGGAAGGAGUCUGCCGAGGCCAACGGGAGUAAAGAGCCUGCCACCCUAGUCAAGGGCAAGUUCCCCGCCAUCUUACAACGCCGUUCCUCGUCCAAUAACCAGCCCGGCUGGAUCGGAGACGGUACCAUCCCCGCCGUCGGCUACACCGACCUCUCCAAGCCCGCCGCCAUACCAGGCCGCCAUUCCGCUCCAUCCAUGGCCAAACGCAACUCCCACUCCGAAUCACAGUCGUUGCAGGAUGAUGGUCCAGUGUUGGACGCACCGGCGCUACGUGUUAACUCGAAUUCGUCCGAAAAGACCAAGUCUCGAGGGUCCAGCCCAGAACGACGCAAGACGAUGCUGACGACGCUACGGAACACGGAUGGAAAGAAAAAUGGGAAGAAGUCCAAAGUCAGCGCCAAGAAGAAGGAGAAGGAGAUGCGGCCGGCCGCAUCCAAAGCAGCAGGACUGGCGUGGGGCAAUAUCUAUAGGACUCCGUCGAGCGAGAAGACCGUCAGCGAUGCGACGCUGGCUUCGUCGCGUCAGAUGGCAGCCAGCGACCCAAGCUUUCGCCGCGAAGCAGAACCGAGGACCAGCUCUGGAGAUGAACCUGUAUCAUUGGGGAGGAAACUUCCAGAUAUUCCACGAAGGGAUUCUGCGGCAGAUCGGAUUCCCUCGGCAAACUGGCGAGAGCCUCAUCUUCCAUCAUCACCGAGCAGACCGUCUCCCAGAAUCUCCGCUGAAAUGUCUCCGCGAAAACCUCAGCCUCCUUCUCAAAGCCGGCGGCCUCUUCCUCGUCCUCCUUCGGGUUCAAUUACUAUGCCGGAUCCGAGGGACUUUACACCCACGCCUACAUCUUCGCCUGCUCCCAAGCCAUCAAUAAAGCCUAAGCCUGUUGGCUUAAGGACAUCACUUCCACCUCCGCCCCGAAUCACACAUAUUACGAAAUCAGAAGGCAAUUCUCGACCAACGACGCCCCGGCAGGAUCGGGACGGCAAUGUUUCAAGUAGCAAGUCCCGAACAAAGUCAACGCCGGGAGUCGCUCCGACCAGUCAGUCAGCCUAUAUGUCACCGUCCUCAGGAAGUGACGAUGUUCAGCGUGGCGUUGAUCGGAUGUCCAUCUCAGCAGCGAAAAGCAGCAGUGCAGUGCGACGCAAGCCGCCUCCAGUAAAGCGGCGAGAGACGCCUCCCUCGAGUGACCAAGAAUCUUGGGAGCAGCGAUCGUCAGAAGAAGCAGAAGACGAAGACGAGGAUGCUGACAGCCACGAUAUCACUAAGAUUCUGAGCAAGCUGCCUAAGGGCGUGGAUCUACAGUCCGCACGGCAGAUCCUCAACGACAUUGUUGUACGUGGCGAUGAGGUGCACUGGGACGAUAUUGCAGGUCUAGAGGGAGCCAAGAAAGCACUCAAAGAAGCAGUGGUAUAUCCAUUCCUUCGGCCGGACCUAUUCUCAGGCCUCCGCGAACCUGCUCGUGGCAUGCUUCUCUUCGGUCCCCCAGGCACAGGCAAGACCAUGCUCGCCCGCGCCGUAGCCACGGAAUCCAAAUCAACAUUCUUCUCCAUCUCCUCAUCCAGCUUGACCUCCAAAUGGCACGGUGAGAGCGAAAAGCUCGUUCGCGCCCUCUUCGGUCUCGCCAAGGUUCUUGCCCCUUCCAUCAUCUUCGUCGACGAGAUUGACUCCUUGCUUUCUGCCCGAUCUUCCGGUUCCGAACACGAAGCGUCUCGACGAUCAAAGACUGAGUUCUUGAUUCAGUGGUCGGAUCUUCAGCGUGCUGCGGCAGGCCGCGAGCAGAGUGCCCGCGAUAAGAAAGAAGGCGAUGCGAGUCGUGUCCUGGUCCUGGCGGCAACCAACAUGCCUUGGGAUAUUGACGAGGCUGCACGGCGCCGAUUCGUGCGGAGACAAUACAUUCCCCUUCCAGAACACCAUGUUCGUGAGCAGCAGUUGCGCAAGCUAUUAAGUCACCAGCACCAUGAGCUGAGUGAUGAGGAUACCGAGGUCCUUGUCCAUGUCACGGAAGGCUUCUCUGGCUCCGACAUUACGGCCCUCGCCAAAGACGCCGCAAUGGGACCCCUCCGCAACCUCGGCGAAGCCCUCCUACACACUCCCAUGGAUCAAAUUCGCCCGAUCAGAUUUGAAGAUUUCGAGGCAAGCUUGUACUCUAUUAGACCUAGUGUCUCACCAGAUGGAUUACGCAAGUACGAGGAUUGGGCGCGGGAUUUUGGCGAACGUGGUGGAUAGAUGGUAUUAGCACCGUCUUAUUCCGCGAAUUACCCCUUCCCGACCUGUACUCUUUGAUGAAUGACCUUAGCCCUCCCACGCACGCGCAAUCUACAUGUUUUUGUUUAGUCGCGGGUGUUUUGGAAUCAUGUAAGAAAUGGAAUGAAAAGACGAUUACGACCUCUUGUCUCGCUUGUUUCAACUUGGAUUCAUCCGAUACUCGGCCGGUCCGAUUCUUGAUCCUGCUUCUGCUUGUCUUUGCCUUCUUUUCUGGUGUUGGGGAUAAUUGGCGUGUCUUGCUUUGGUGUCUGUGUUCGACUAGUUUCGGCGAGGUGUAUUGCAUGCAUGGUAUGCGUUGGAUGGGGUGGUUUGAUACGAGGAUUGGUUGUUGCUUAUUGGGGAAGUUCUUUUGAGCUUAGGGAUGGCGCCGCAUGUCUUGUGG